AUCCUAGGUGGCUCAGUGGCUAAGACAUUGUGCUUGUCGAUCAGAAAGGUCGGCGGUUCGAUUCCCUAGUACAGGACGUCUACGUGAGCAAGGGGGUUGGACUAGAUGACCUCCAAGAUCCCUUCCAACUAGCCGGUUCCAGGCUUUUGGGUGGACUUGCGCCGCUGCCGUUACAGUGGCUCCGAAAAACAUCCUCUCUCCUACACCCUACAGGCAGACUUCUCUCACCCGGCGCCGGGUUGGACUGAACUUCUCACCAUUCCCAAAGCACCCGAAGAAGCCAAGCGGCGUCGAGACUGGCCUGCAUUUGCCGGCAGCUCACGCUGAGCCACGAUGAAAUCAGCCCGCCCAACAAUAGCCGGAGGCUGAGCGGCACCCAUCCUGAGCCCAGAGCGGGCAGCCGGCCCAGAAAGGCGAGGGGACCCUUCCCGGGUGGGUUUCUGCCGGGGAAGGACCGGGCUCCCGCGGCAGCGGAAGUUCCUGCGCCCGAGUCACGUGGGCGGCCAAGGAAGAGGCCGUGGCGGCCGUUGCGCCAGCUGUUUGCCCGGGAGCGGCGGCUGCUUCUGCUGCUGCUCCCCAGGAAGUGGACGUGGAACUGGGAAGAAGCUCGAGCAUGGAGGGGUGGCUUCCAGAGCGCGGCCGGUUGGCGGCGGGGCUGCUAGUAAACUUGGCGGCGUCUAUUUGCAUCGUCUUCCUGAACAAAUGGCUGUACGUGCGAAUGGGCUUCCCCAACCUCAGCCUCACGCUGGUGCACUUUGCCGUCACCUGGCUGGGGCUGUAUGUGUGCCAGUCGCUGGGCGUCUUCGCCCCCAAAAGCCUGAGGCCGCGCCAGAUCCUUUCCCUUGCGCUCAGCUUCUGUGGCUUCGUGGUCUUCACCAACCUCUCUCUGCAGAACAACACGGUCGGCACUUACCAGCUGGCCAAGGCCAUGACCACGCCGGUCAUCGUGCUCAUCCAGAGUGUGGCCUACGGCAAGACCUUUGCCCCCCGCAUCAAGCUCACUUUGAUUCCUAUCACUUUAGGUGUUUUUUUAAAUUCUUAUUAUGAUGUGAAAUUUAGUUUACUUGGGAUGAUAUUUGCUGCUCUUGGUGUUAUAGUAACAUCUCUUUAUCAAGUGUGGGUAGGAACAAAACAACAUGAACUACAGGUAAAUUCUAUGCAGCUACUAUACUAUCAAGCACCAAUGUCAUGUGGCAUGUUGCUGUGCGUUGUACCCUUCUUUGAACCAGUCUUUGGAGAAGGUGGAAUUUUUGGCCCCUGGACAGUCUCUGCUGUGUCUAUGGUGCUGGUCUCUGGAAUAAUAGCAUUUAUGGUGAACUUGUCUAUUUAUUGGAUUAUUGGGAAUACUUCACCAGUGACAUACAAUAUGUUUGGACACUUCAAAUUCUGCAUCACCCUCAUGGGAGGAUAUCUCUUAUUUAAGGAUCCUUUAUCAAUUAAUCAAGGCCUUGGAAUUACAUGCACAUUGUUUGGCAUUCUAGCUUACACACACUUCAAACUUAGUGAGCAAGAUGGGAACAAAAGCAAGCUGGUUCAACGUCCGUAAAUUAAGUAUUUUUAUUGGUAACAAAUGAAUUGCUUUAAUAUGCACUGAUUCCAAAAGCAAUGCAUUGUCUAUGGAGGAAUCUAAAAUUGUCCAUCUCCCAGCAGAGCAGGUAUUCUCUCUCCUAUAGCUGCCAUGCACUGCCUCCUCCUACUCUGCCCAGUUGGGGUAUGGAGUGGAUUACAUUGAGGGGGGGGUCACAGGACUCAGUAGAAAGAAAAACACAGUAAAGAAGACUGGUAGAUGAUUGGUGUCUGUUCAUGUUGACAUACCCAGAUUCUCUCUGUGUGUGUGUGUGUGUGUGUGUGUAUACACAUGUAUGUAUGCACAAUUUGUUUCUUUAAAGGGCUGUUUGUAAUUACAGUGCAAUCAUUGUGAACUGUCCUAUUUAUACCAAAUGGACUCAUUCAGACAGAUACAGUGUUUUUUGCUAGAAAAUCAUGUCCUUAUGAUUAUGUCAGUAUUAAAAGAGACUCCUAUGUUGUAAUCAAGUGAACAUUGAAGUUUCUUGAUCUGGUAAAUACUGAGAAACCAAAUUGUUUUUUCUGGAUUUUUAAUUUCUAAUAGUCACAUGCAUUGUUAUAUUUUUUCUGCAUAUUUUAAAUUUUAAUGUAUAUUUAAUUAUAAUUAACAUUCACAGUUGAGCAAAAUACUGGUACUCCAAAAUUAUUAAGACUGAGAAUUUUACAAGUUGUUAAGUUUUCUAAGUUUAUAAGUAUUACCUAACUCGGUGCAGGCUGGCUCCUGUAGUUUGAAAGUGUUUUCUUUUUACUUUGUUCAAGAUUCAGUAAUUUAUACAAGAGGUUUCUUUUCUAAUUAUUUUGGCCAGUGCAGAUGUAGUGUUACUUGCAACUUGAUUUGUAAACUUUCUUGCAACUCGUAUAUAUAUCUGCUAUGAUUUAAACAUAUUUAAGACAGAACUUCCAAAGCAUUAUGGAGAUUUUUUAAAAUCAACAUCAUCCCCUUAACCCCUAGUUAAGAAUAAAUUCUCACUGAAUAUUAACUUGGAUGUAAAGAUAACCAUGGUUAUACCAAGAUAGGGUAUUAAUCAGCCUCACCCAAAUGUAUCCUUAUGUUUUAAACUGUAGUUAUAUCAACUUGAAAUUAUUGAUUAGUUCAAUUUAGUUGGAUUAUGAUUAGCUAUGGCUUUGUCAUGUUACCAGAUUCUAUGCUAUCAGCACUGUAUAGAAUACUUCUGUACUCUUGACCAUAAUAGAGACUGCUUAUUAUGGUUGGAAGUCAUAACAGCAGUUAAAGGAAGUGACUCACUUACAACCCCUUCAUCCUUGCUUUCCCAGAUGUGGUUGUUCAAUAGAUCAUGAUGUCCCUCGGGGUGGCAGGGGAGGCUCUGGAAGGCCUAGUACAGGUCCUCCCCCCCCCCCCCCCCCCCCAAGACAUCCUGAACUCUGUUUCCUCCUCUCAGCGUCUCUGCAGGCCUUGGGCCUGCUUCCCACCCACCAAGUGCCACACCUUCCUCCCUACUUCAUGUCACCAUCACACACUUUUCAAAGAUCUCUGAUCUUAGGUUAGGGAAAGAGGACAGGCUGCUUCCAGGAUGGCACUGCGUGGCCCAGCAACAGAGCAGCCUGCUGUGCUUCCCAAGUUCUGCAGUAUUCCAUCACGUUCUGCAGGGCUACUUACCUCGUAAAAGGUAAGUAAGGAGGAGGAUAUAGGGCCCGGCAGGAUGGGAAGCAGGCCCUUGACCAGCAGAAAUCCAAGGAAGGAAAUGAGGGUUGGAAACAGGCAGGGGGAUACUACAAGGUCUCUGCGACCAGCCCUAAGGGCAAAGUACUGUAAUGGAACAGCAGAAGUUUAACAAAAAGGUAACAAUGCUAUAAUAAAAGUGUAGUCUGGGACAAUCUUGUUGUUAUUGCUUUAUAUAUUGAAACGUGUUAUGUUCUAUUUUUGAGAGCCAGUCUCAUCUACAGGUAGUCCUUGACUUACAACCACUCAUUUAAUGACCGUUUGAAGUUACAACAACAGUGAAAAAAAUGACUUUAUAACAGUUGCACUGUCCUGGGGUCACUGUUUGUAAACUUCCCAGCUGGCGGCCAACAAGCAAAAUUAUUGCGAGAAACUGGGUUCACUUAACAACCAUGUGAUUCACUUAACAGCUACAAUGAUUCGCUUAGCAACUGUGGCUAAGAGAGUCAUAAAAAGGGGAAAACUCACUUAACAACUGUCUUGUUUAGCAAUGGAAAUUUUGGGCUCAGUUGUGGUCAUAAGUCAAGAACUAUGUAGUGGUUAAGGCCUGAGGCUAGAAACCACAAGACUAAUAUCCCUGGUUUUGCCUUAGGCAUGAAGGUCAGCUGGGUGACUUUGGAACUCAUUCUCCCUUGUUGUGGGGAAAAUGGAGACAGGAGAAUUAGGUAUGUUUGCUGCCUUGAAUGUGUGUGUGUGUGUGCGCGUGUGUGCGGGGGUAUAUAUAAAUCUUUAAAAAUGUAUUAGGGAAAAGACUUUUCUAAGGAAAGGAACAGAAGUCACUUUCCUAAUGAAUCUUUAAUUUUAAAAUAGUUAUCUGAAUAUUCCAAAUAUUAACUGUAGUUCUAAUUGAAAGUACCCAGUACAGAAUUGAUCAACUGUAAUAAUUUACUGUUUGGCCAAAUUCUAGAAGGGAAUGCAAAAUGUGAGAUGAACUGGACCAAUAUAUUUACACUAUGAUUCAAGAUCCGUAGCUGGUUUUAUGUACUCAUUAAACUUAUUGUCUGAUUAAUGUACUUUUUGGAAUCCAAAGCUGCAAAAAUUAUUAAAACCUCACCAUACUAUACACUAAUGUAAUGACUUCUAAAUUUCUGAAAAUGCAAGCAUAGUCUGUAUUUUGCACUUUUGAUUCAUUUGUACUGUUUGUUACAGGAAGAUGUAGUUGUUUCUUAAUUGUAUACAUUUAUGUUAGAAAUUAACCUUAUAGGCUUAUAUUACUUUUGUGAGUGUAUAUAAAAAUCAGUCUGAAUCAAUUUGCUUGUCCAUUGAAGGUCAUGCUGGAUCAGUCCUAGUCCAGCACCUUAAUCUCUUACUGACUCUAUUGGGCAUGUUUGUCUGUAUUACCUCCUUGUGUACAUACAUCUAUUCGCCCCCUGGCAAUUUCUAUUUUUACAAAGAACAAACAUAAAAGCAGAUGGGGAACAGUGUCUUUGCUCUUCUGUUACAAAUAGAUACUUAGCUCCAGUAAAAGAUUUAGGUUUGUUUUUAUCCCAUCUUUAUUGUUUCUAUAAAUAACUGAAGCUGAUAAAUAUAACUAAUACUCUUUCCUUCUCCUAUUUUUCCCACAACAAAUCUAUGAGGAAAGUUGGGCUGAGAAUGGGCGUUGUACUUACCUGAUACGCCCCUUCUCUCCUUGCUGUCACGGCAGUCAGGCGUGGGUAGUUGACAGGUAGCUGCCCAAUAAGACCGAGUCCACUGGAAAAGCAAAGUCCCGCCUCUUCCUCUUAGCUCCAGUUUUGAGGCGAAGGUAUCCAGCGGACUGAAGUGUCUAUCGGAAAAAAAUACAAGAGAGGUGAAAGGACACCCUCUCCCGAGAAACCCCAGGAACCCCGACCGGGUGGGGCUGACUGCCGUGACAGCAAGGAGAGAAGGGGCGUAUCAGGUAAGUACAACGCCCAUUCUCCUCCCAGGCUGUCACGGCAGUCAGGUGUGGGACAUACCAAAGCCACAUGUCCUACAGGGAGGGAGUAGGUCGGACCCUCUGAAGCACUCGACGGCCGAAAGCUGCAUCUGCCGAAGCAUAGGUGUCCACCCAAUAAUGAUGGAUGAAGGGGGUAACCGACGACCAGGUUGCGGCCUUGCAAAUCUCCUCCCAAGGGGCCUGGGUAGCCCAGGCAGCCGACGUGGCAGCGCUCCUAGUAGAGUGAGCGGUGAUUUUCCGGGGCACCGGCAAGGACUGGACAUCGUAAGCUGUGGAAAUAGUGGCCCUCAGCCAACGUCCAACAGUUGUCGAAGAGACUUUAGAUCCCAUGGACGACGGUUGAAAGGAGACGAAGAGUGCCUCCGUUCGGCAGAAGGAUUGAGUACGCGAUAAAUAGACUUUAAGAGCUCUCCGGACGUCCAGUGUGUGCCAAAGUCUUUCCAGGUGAUGCCGAGGGGAAGGGCAAAAAUUAGGGAGGACGAGCUCCUGAGACCUGUGAAAUGUGGAGUUGACUUUGGGUAGGAAGGCAGGGUCCAGACGGAGGACUACCCUGUCCUUGUGGAAGAGACAAAGGUCAGAGCGAGAUGACAGUGAAGCCAGCUCUGAUAUACGACGGGCGGAAGUGAUUGCCACUAGAAAGGAGACCGUGAAGGACAACAUCUUGAGGCUGGUCUCACGGAGAGGCUCGAAGGGAGGCUUGGUCAGGGCCACAAGUACCUUGUUGAGGUCCCAGGUAGGAAACCUGUGGAUGACGGGGGGGCGCAAGUUUGUGGCGCUGCGCAGAAAACUCCGGAUCAGGGGCUCCUUCGAAAGAGGGGUUGAAGACCGGAGUUGUAGAACAGAUGAUAAGGCAGCAACUUGGCGACGGAGGGUAUUAGGAGCCAGGCCGGAGACGAAGCCGUCAUGCAGGAAAUCUAACAGAUGUUCAAUUGAAAUAUCCGACGGAUCUAGGCCCCUUGAGGAGCACCAGCGGAGAAAGGACUUCCACGUCGAAUCAUAAAUGCGCAAGGUGGCCGGUCGGCGAGCAGCUAGUAUGAUCGCAGCAGCAGCUGGGGAGACCCUAGAGGCAGUUAGACGGCGCCGCUCAAGGACCAAACGGUCAACUGGAAGGCCUGAGGUUCCGGAUGAGACAGAUUGCCCUGUUGCAGCUCGACAAGCUCGUCUGGGAUGCGCCACGGUGGUGCCACUGACAGGGCUACUAGGUCCGCAAACCAGGGUCUGCGGGGCCAGGAUGGAGCCAGAAGGAGAAGCUCGGCCUUUUCUAGGAGGAGUUUCCGAACCACCUUGGCUAUCAGGGGCAGGGGAGGAAACGUGUACAGCCGGACUCCCCGCGGCCAAGGACUGCGUAGUGCGUCCACCGCUUCCACUCCCGGAGCUGGGAAGCGGGAGAAGAAACGAGGAAGGAGGUGAUUGGCGCUGGAAGUGAACAAGUCGACAUGCAGAGGGCCGAAGCAAUCCAUGAGGAGCUGGAAGAGCCGUGGGGAGAUGCUCCACUCGGUGUGGUCCAGGUGGUUCCGGCUGAGAGCAUCCGCUCGGAUGUUGUCCCUCCCGGCGAUGUAAUCGGCCCGCAGAGAGCGCAAAUGGGCCUCGGCCCAGAGACCUAGACGAAGAGUCUCCCUCAUCAAUAGCAUGGAACGAGUGCCGCCCAUCCGAUUUAUGUGGGCCUUCGUUGACAUAUUGUCCAUCAGGACCAAUACAUCCUGACCGACGACAUGGGAUUUGAAGUGGAGGAGAGCCAGGUAAACCGCUCGCAGCUCCAGAAUGUUGAUGCUGAGAGACUGCUUCUGUAGGGACUAGAGACCUUGAGCCGAGAGAGGGCCGAGAUGAGCCCCCCAACCGAGGAGACUCGUGUCGGUAGUCACUAUCGUCCGUUGGGGCUCGAGGAAUUUGCUCCCUAGAGAAAUGGACGGCGAGGUCCACCAGCGAAGGGACUCGAUGACUGCUUGAGGAAGCCGAACGGGCCGAGAGGUGGGAGCAGAAGCCAACCGUUGAAAAGGGAGAAGCAGCCAUUGGAGUGCCCUGCUGUGGAGACGAGACCAGGGGACGAUACCGUAAGACGAAACCAUUUUGCCAAGCAAAGUUGACAAGUCAGCAAUGGAGGCAGACCUACUAAGUCGGACACGGGAGGCCAGAGAGGACAGGCUCAGAAUGCGGUCUGGGGAGAGGGAAACCUCCCCCGUGUUAGUGUCAAUAAUCGCCCCCAGAUGUUGAAUCUUAGUGGAAGGAACCAAAUGGCUUUUUGACCAAUUAAUGGAGAAGCCAUGGGACUGUAAAAUCUGAAUGGUCCUAUUCAAAUCUGAGUGAGCCAGAUCUGGAGAGCGAGAGAGGAUAAGAAUAUUGUCCAAAUAAAACAUAGCUCUAAUAGGGAUGGACGAAACAUGGGCCAUAAGGGCAGCCAUGAUUUUGGAGAAAACACGGGGAGCUGAGGCCAAUCCAAAGGGUAGGGACGUAUACUGAAAGUGCCUCCCAUUGUAACAGAAGCGAAGAAAUUUGCGGUGACCAGGCCGAAUCGGAAUAUGGAGGUAGGCCUCCGUCAAAUCAAUGGAAGUCAUGUAAUCCCCCUGGCGAACACCCAGGAGGAUGGUCUGGAGGGAAUGCAUCUUAAACCGGCGGUAGACUAAGUGCCGGUUUAAGGAUUUUAAAUCAAGAAUGGCCCUCCAGCCCCCGAGGCCUUGGGGACGAGAAAAAGGCGAGAAUAAAAACCUUGACCUUCCUGGGAUGGAGGGACAGGUUGGAUAGCCCUGAUCUCUAAAAUGUGAAGGAUGGCAGAGUCCAUCCGGUCACGCUUCACAGGAUCCCAGGAAAGGGGACAACUAAGGAAGAAUUUGGGGGGGGUGGAACGAAAUUCUAGUGAAAGGCCAAAAUGAAUGGUGGACUUAACCCAGGCGUCAGAUACCGUAACAUCCCAGCAAUUAAAGAAAUGGGAUAAACGACCCCCUAUAGCCAUAGGAGCAGAGGGUUCAGCGGGACCUUCUAAAGGGGCGGCCUCUGCCUCCACGAAAGGGCCGUUUGAAAGGGAACCGGGAGCCGGGCCUGACCUGAAGAUCCGCCGGAGCCUGGUUUCUGGAAGCGAAGGAGCGCUGUGGGCGUUGAGUGGACGAGGAGGAGUCCUAUGGCCGGAAGGAUGAGGGACGAAAGGAGGUGUAUGGACAGCUAUCAGGACGACGGUUGAGAGCGGGUAAAACCUUGCGGUGGUCUCUUGUUUCCACUAGCAGAGGAUCAAGUUGAGCGCCGAAGAGCUUGUCCCCGGCAAAGGGUGAGGAGGCCAAGCGCCAUUUGCUGCGGAUGUCCGCUUGCCAAUUACGGAGCCACAGUAGACGGCGACCAGUGAUAGAAGAGCCGAUGGCCUUGGCAGAAAACCGGGCGGCAUUCAGCGUGGCGUCCGCUGAAAAUUCUACUGCAGCCAAAAUCUUGUUUAGAUCUUGGUGGGAGCGGUGGUCUGAAGGUGGUAAGCGGGCCUGCAGCUGACGCAGCCAGAGGAUGGUAGCUCUGUUAAAGAAGGAAGCUGCGGAGGCAGCUUGUACUGACUAGGCCGAGGCCUGAUGACCCUUGAUGUAUGUCCUUUCUGCUUUCUUUUCCUCAGGCCGUAGACAAUCCUCUGGAGGACCUGCAAGGGGAGAUGGGGAGGAGAGAGCCAGCACUGGAGCAUCCACCGAAGGGACCUGCAAAAGCUGGGAAAAGUCCGGGGCUAUAUUAUAAAACCUUUUGUCCAAAUUGUUUGGAACUGGGCCAGAACUUGGAAGGGACCAUUGACGCGUAAGGACAUCUGAAAACAACUUGGGCGCUGGGACCACUUCUUUAUGAACAGCAGGCUCCUGAAAGAGUACUGAGGCUGGGUCAGUGGAGGAGGAGGAAUCCGCCCCCGAGGAGGAUGAGGUGCCAAGGUGAGUGACCUUCUGAGCCUUGAACAGUAAGGAUUUGAAUAAUUGAGGGCGAAAAAGACCAAUGAAGGCGGGUUGAUCGGGCUCCAACCCUUCAUCAUCUGACAAUUCAUUGUCCAUGACCUGGCCCUCUCAGAAAGGGAGUCUCGGCUUUCUAAAUCUACAUUCGCACCAGCUUCUAUGACCUCAUCGACCGGAGACUGGUAAUGCUGAUCCCUAUAAGAUAGGCCUGUCCCGGCAUGGUCGGAAAUUACAGAAGAAGGCCUCUGCUGGAGUCCCUGUGCAAUGCCAUGGCGAAUGGCAGUGGAAAUCAAACCCGCCAGCUCAGGAGUAAUACUGUGAAGCGGAAGAGAUGGAACAUUGGCCAAAGGCGCUUCAGGCGCUAAGUGAAGAUCCUGAUCAUGCUGAGGAGAAACGGAGUCCUCUUGGGCCAGAGGGAAAACUGAUUCCACUUCAGGAUCAAAGAGGCCUUCCCCUUGUACAGAGUUAUCAGGGGACAGGGCCUGGAGAGGCCGUGGGGGAACCACAGCAGCUUGAACAGCGCCAGAAUCUACAGGGGAACGGCCCAGUGCUUUUUGGAAGGCCUUCUCAAUGGCCCUGUGACGUCUCUCCUCCUCCCUCAAUUGCUUGUGGGGAGGGGGGGCAGCAACCUUUGGGGCCUUCGAGGGGUUUCCCCUUGAUGUGCCCUCUCCCGGGUCUUCCUGAGCAGGACGUUUUCCUCUCGAUGAGGCCUGGCGGGAAUGGCGCGAUUUAGGGGCGUCCGCCAUUUUGAAUAAAGAGCCCUGAUUAAGGCCUGAGCCCGGCUGAAAUGGCCGCCGACGAAUAAGGCCUGGGAAGCUCGCAACGUACCCGCUGAAGAUGCUGAAGGCGGGAGGCUUGAAACCGCCGUCUGAUGUCUCGAGGCGAGCCUCCUGUAGCGCGGCAGUGGGGCGGGUGAGGAAGAAGCUGUUGGCGGGAGUUUAAAAAAAAAACGCCGUCAGGUCCCUCGGAGCAAGCUUCCCGUAGCGCAGCACUGGAGCGGCUGAGAAAGAGACGCUGCUGGGCAAGAACAAGCCCUGAGUGCAGCAGUCACCGCCCUGGCAGGUGGGGAUGCCCGGAUAGUGACCCACUAGUUGCAAGCCUGGGUCCAAUGAACCUCCGCCGGUGAAGGCGGGAAAGCCGGGAAGCGCGGCAGGGCGAACCCGUGCGCGCGCCAACAAAUCCGCCGCUCGGAAAUAGUAGGUCUUAGCGGCAGAGAGGCAAAAAGGAUCUAAUUUUAGGCAAAAGGCAGAAAUCGAAGUCAAAACGUUCCGUGGUCAAAAAGUAGUAAACGAGGCAGUAGUAAGCUAGAGAACACGAUAGACACGGCUGUCCUGGCAGACCGAGUCGAAAAACGGGCUAAGAGGAAGAGGCGGGAUUUUGCUUUUCCAGUGGACUCGGUCCUAUUGGGCAGCUACCUGUCAACUACCCACGCCUGACUGCCGUGACAGCCUGGGAGAAGAAUGUGUGACUGACCUAAAGACACCUGGAUGGUUUUCACUCCCAGUUUCCUGGUUCUGGUGCCUUAACCACUAUAUCAAACUGGCUCCUAUGAACCUGAAAUUCAAAUUGGCAUUUCACAGUAUGCUUUCAAAAGUAUUCAUUUUGGAAGGGAGUUCACUUUUAUUUCAAAAAUACAUUUGAUGAUUAUAUUAGAAUAAAGACAUUACAGUGUUUUGGGGUUUGCUUUUUGCUUUGUUUUCUUAUAAAAUAUGCUAUAAAAUAGGACUUUUAAUGUAUUAUCUGUACAUUUUUUGCCCAUUUCACUUUAGGAAGCUGUGAUAAUGAGCAAAAAACUGAAUCUAUCUCCUCCAAUAAAAUGUCUCUGAAGUGUCAUGAAGAAUAUAAAUCUAAUAUGCUUUCAGAAAUUUGGCCGGUAUAUUUUAUAAGCUGCCUUAAGUGGAUCAUUUUUUUAAAGGGGAGCAUUUGUCCAGAUGCACAAAAGUAAUAGCAUAGAACAUGCCCUCAAUUUCAUUUGCUGUUCUAAAAGUAUUUGAUAUCUUCAAAACCAAAUUUAUUCAGUAAAUCAUCCUUGUACUUUCUCUCAGUAUUAUGAAAGCUCGACUAUUUUAUAUAAUGAUUAGCUGGAUCUUAGCUAUUAUUCAGACUGAAGAAUACUUUAAAUGCAACAUUUGAUAGCUAUAGUUAUUUUUCAAAACAGCCUGCUAGAGGUAAUGUUCAAAACAACAUGUCCAGUACAGUGUCAUUGUAUAUUACAAAGCAAUUUUGUGUUCUGCAGAGUAUUUUCUGAAAUGUAAAUACAAUUUUAAAAUUUCAAGUCCUUGCAUCCUAUGUCUUGAAGAGAGUAACAAUAAUUUAGAGUAUCUUUAUCCAUCCAAGCUCAAUAUAUUCUUUCCUCAAGUCUUUUAGAGAGCAAAAUGGUAACUCCACAUCUCAUUCAGCUGUAACAUUUAUUGCAUUUGUAAAAUAAUCAUAGAUGAGGAAUUUGUAGGUCUCUACAUGCUACUGGAUUCCACCACUUGUUAGACUUACAGGGUUUUAAGAAUAACUGGAGCUAUAAUCCACUAAUAUCUAGAGACUUAAUAAUUUUUAAUCCGCUUAUUAAUAUACUGUAAUUAUAAUACACAAAAAACGUACAAAGUAUUAGUAGAAUGGUGUAGAUGGCAGUCUGCACUGUGUGGGAGUCUUUUUAUUGUCAGAAAUAGAAUAUAUCAUCAUAAAAUAUAUUUAUGACUUUGUAUAAAACAGAAUGGCAAUGUUUUUUAAUGCAAGGUAAUUGUUUUUUAUGAAUAAAGUAGUUCUUUAUUA